UUCUUUCUUUCUUUCUUUCUUUCUUUCUUUCCUUAAAGCUAAGGUGUGCCAGAGGUGAUGCACUGAUGCUGAGGAGCAUCAACAGCUAUGGGACUGUAGACCCCUCCCAAAUGUAAGCACUGGCAGCGGCUGCAGGAGAGACCGUGGGACGCUGGAGCAGGCCGAGCGGGUCAGCUGCCCGCUGCCUCCAGCCGCAGUGGUCCCCACCUCAAAACAUGAACCGGUCGCGAUGGAUUGAAUGGAGGACUCUGAAUAUGAGCGGGAGCGUGGUGAACCUGUCUGAGCACCUCUCCUGCCCUCUGGGAUUUGGUCACUACAACGCAGUCGACAUCUGUAUCCUUGAGACGGUCGUUAUCGUCCUGCUCACUUUUCUGAUCAUUGCGGGUAACCUGACUGUUAUCUUCGUUUUCCACUGCGCCCCGCUUCUGCACCACUACACCACCAGCUACUUCAUUCAGACCAUGGCCUACGCCGACCUUUUCGUUGGAGUUAGCUGCCUGGUCCCCACCCUGUCCCUGCUCCACUAUUCAACGGGCGUCCACGAGUCCCUGACGUGCCAAGUUUUCGGGUACAUCAUCUCCGUGCUAAAAAGCGUGUCUAUGGCAUGUCUGGCUUGCAUCAGCGUGGAUCGCUAUCUCGCCAUAACGAAGCCUCUCUCCUACAAUCAGCUGGUCACACCUUGUCGCUUGAGAAUCUGCAUCACUUUGAUCUGGAUAUACUCUUGCCUGAUCUUCUUGCCUUCCUUUUUCGGUUGGGGAAAACCUGGUUACCACGGAGAUAUUUUUGAGUGGUGUGCUACCUCCUGGCUAACGAAUGCCUACUUCACUGGCUUUAUCGUCUGCUUGCUGUACGCUCCUGCUGCCUUCGUCAUCUGUUUCACGUAUUUCCACAUCUUCAAGAUUUGCCGGCAGCACACCAAAGAGAUUAACGAUCGGAGGGCUCGCUUCCCCAGCCACGAGGUGGACGCUGCUGGGGAGACGGGGCACAGCCCCGACCGCCGCUAUGCCAUGGUGUUGUUUCGGAUCACCAGUGUGUUCUACGUGCUGUGGCUCCCCUACAUCAUAUACUUUCUGCUGGAGAGCUCUAGGGUGUUGGAGAACCCCGCGCUUUCCUUCUUAACGACGUGGCUUGCUAUAAGCAAUAGUUUCUGCAACUGUGUGAUCUAUAGCCUCUCCAACAGCGUUUUCAGGCUGGGACUGCGGAGGCUGUCAGAGACCAUGUGUUCGUCUUGCACGUGUUUAAAGGACAGGGAUGUGCAGGACCCUAAACCGAGGAAGCGGGCUAAUUCCUGCUCCAUUUAAAGAAAACUGGCGCGUGCCAUCCAACGUGGAGUUUCGAUAGCGUUUACUGUAUCUGGGAGCUUACCAGAAGAGAAAUGUUUACUUGAAUAGUUUGCUAUGCUGUUAGAGAUGGGUUGAAAAGCGCUUUUGGGUAAGGAAAAGGCUGCUGUAAGAGGGGUCACUGGACUCUGACUGUAGCUCUGGUGAAAUUGUGAGCAGAGCCAUUCAGCAGAGACGACGGAGAAAGUCAGGACUUAAAUCUUCCAAAGGGCAUGACACGGCUCCUGCUUGGCAGGAGGGUCCUCAUAAAAUAAAUGAGUUAGUUACUACCUUCUCUUUUCGCCCUUGUAGAAAAGUUGUCUUACUAUCUUUGUGUCAGAAUAUACUGUAGCCUUCUGAAUUUAAAUAUAUUUACGAGGAAACAAUCAAGUACGCAGUAAGUGGCUAUCCGUAAAUGAUAUUCCUGAGGACUUGCAGUAGACGUUGCAGAUCAAUAACCAGCUCUGCCUCUGCUCACACCCGGUACCAUUUUCAGGUACGCAAACAAUCUGCAGCGCAUACAACCUACACAGGGCGUGAUGCUUUUUGGAUAAAGCGGCACAUUCUGCUCCAACUUUCACCGAACCUCCCCCUCUCAUUUCCUUUUAUUUCCCCCUCCAUACCGUGCAUCUUUAGAUCCCGUCGUGUUGCAGGGCUUUAGUUUGAGGGCUCCUACAAGGUAAGCUGAAUAGCUGCAGCUGCCCGUGUGUAAGGACUUCUUCCGUCUUUCACGCUCUCGAUCCUGUUCAAUUAGCGCACAGUAUUGAUGUAGUGUCCUUUAGGGUGUACUAAAGCUUUCCCUUUAUUGUCUACACAAAUAAUCCUAACGCAGAUAUGGUAAUCGCACACAGCAGUGCGCAUCACUGCUUAGAAAAUUAAAAAUAAAUAACGAAACCUCUUCUUUGGGAACUCUUAAGUAGCUUACUGUUGUAGCUGCCAAUCCUUUGUGUGAACCUAGCUUGCACAUACUGUAUUCUUUUCGAUUUUAUUUUCUUUUAGAGAAAAUGUAGACUGUGGUCUGUGCCUAAUGUUUUCCUAGCACAUGGAAUAGGUCAAUGCUACGGGAUGAAAACGCUGUACUCGUUUUAAGAGAAAUACUUCUGUGCAGUUGUUGAAAGGAUGUUUGUUAGAGAAGUGCUCUUGGAGAAGGUGAACAAGACAGUUCAGUAUUAAAUACGGGCAAUGAGCUUUAGUAUUUCCUUUUGUAGUGAACUGACUUUCAGGUCCACUGAUUAAAUCUUUUUUAUUUUGCCAGGGCGCACAUUGGGUUUGUGAAAUAAAUUGCCAGGGGUUCAGAUGCAUGCCAGUCGAUAAAACACUUAAAUUAUUAGUUUGAACCAAAUGUAAUUUUCUUAGAUGGUUAUUGGCUUUUAAAAAAGGCCCAAUUAUUGAAUAUUGGUGCCUUUUAACACUGCACUAUGAUUCCUUCUUUCACCAAAACGCAUAUGUAAAGAUCGUGCCUAUUACUUUUUGUAAUGGAAGCUAACCACGUUUGCACACUUGUGGUUUGACUCUAGAUCUCCCUUCCUGAUGUACUCUCUGUUUUGUGGAGGUGGUUCUGAACCCCUGUACGUUUUUAAACCUGUAAGAAAGAUGAAACAAUGGAAUAAAGUAGUAUUAUGUAUAUCAAACCCAGCCUGACUGUAGUUCCCUGGCGUUCUGCUCUGUUCUCUGUGCAAGUUCUUCUGGGUUCCAGCGACCUUCCAAAGGGCUUCGGAAUUGCCUGUUUUAAAAUCCUGAACUAAGACUGCCUGCUUUCUGUCUUCGUUGUUUGUAUGCUGGUUUCUGUCAUCGCACAGCCUUUAAAGCAGAUUGAAAUAUGACUUGAAACAUUCCUCUAGCUAAGCUGAGCUGUUGCUGAUGAUUAGCCCUGACAGAUAUUAUGGAGAAGCGAGCAGCGUUCUCUGCACGUAUUCACGUCUGUGGCAAUGUGUAUAUUGCCUUCUUUAGAGAAGCUGCUGUUUAUUUCAGAAAGCUCUUCUUGGCUGCUCCAGAAGGUUGUUCAACCCUGCCUCAUCUCAAAAACCAGGCCGGUGUUUGUGCACUCUGUGGUGACGUACAUAGAUUCCUGCCUGGUUAGGUUCUUGGUGCACAAGACUUGGCAAGUGGGGAGAUGUCUCGUUCCUCCCUGCUCGCACGGUUGGUUUCAACCCAAUGAAGCAGUUCUACAUCUGUGCUCAGGGCUUUGUUGGCAUUUCCAGUAACAGGUUUAGGUACAACCUCCGGAAGUCCAAGAAGAGUUCUAGGAAAUCCUUGAAGCUGACCAAACCUUUUAUUAAGAAGAAGAAACCCAACUUGAAGGCACCGGGUGCGUAUUUAUGUGGUGCUGUAGCUACAGACACGCGGAGAUACACAAGCUAGCUCAUUUGUAUCAGUAGUGCCUUAGCUGAACCCCGCUUGCACGGCCCCGUAGAUGUGGUGUGGCAGCCCGUGGGGCAGAGAGCAAUACCUCCCUCCCUGUGUGCCAGGCUGGCACGUGGCACUGAUAAUUUCCUUUGUCCUCAGGCUGGUGUUGAAGGGAGAGAAGCUAGCAGAAAUCCCCUGCCCUCCAUAUGAGUUGUAGAUACCCAGGUUCCUUGCUUUUUUUUUUCUUUAAACAUAGAUAUAACACUGGUGCAAGAACGCUGAUUUGCUUAUCUGAAGCCGGAAUUUCACUCGCUCUGAGAUCACACUUCAGCCUGUUCUGUGUAAACCUGAGGCUCCUGCUGUCCUGGAGUGUGUUGAAUUAAACAUCCCCGGCCAAGUUCAAGCCUGUGUUUCCUAGUGCAGUUCUCGAGGUGACAGUGUUUGACAUGGUGGUCAAUCACAUGAGCUCUUAAAUUUAGGAAGCGUGUUUCAUUUUUUUUUUUACUGUGCUUUUUAAACUCAUGAUUUCAAAUGUUACUUAAGGGAGUGUUGUUGCUGUUUUACUAACGCUGUCUGAGGACUCCAGCUGGUGCUGAAUUCUCUUCCAGAAACGAUAGGGCUGGACGUUUUGCUGGGUUUAAAAAAAGCCCAGUGGAAAUUUCAGCCUCCUGACCUGUCAGCUUGAUUUGCAGUCUGUCUUUAUGUAAAGUUUUGUGAUCUUGCAUUAAAAUCUGAUUAGGUACAGAGACUUUUAAAGCAGGCAUCUCUUAGACAAAAAUGGUUUAAGAAUAUGCAUCCCACUUCCGUAUGCCUAGAGGUGUUUAUGUGUAUAAAAUACGUAGCAAUGAAAUCACACGAUGCUAACCAGAGAGAUAGAUCUGAACAAAUCUCUGCUUGGCAUUAUAGGUAAUAACAGGGCUCAUCCAUUGAUAGAUACAUUGAAGGAGUUGCUGAACUUUUGGUUCCUAAAAAAAAAAUUGGAAAAUUGUUACUGAGAUGUAAAAUAUUAAAUAAAAAGAUUGAAGUGAGGAGAGAGAGAAGCAAAACAAACGUGUAGAGCUCCUUAGUGCAGGUAGAGUCCGUGGUGCCAUUGCGUUUCUCUGGAUAUCUGUGCUUGCAGUAGGCAACGUGAAGGUCAGCCGUGUUCCUGUGUUUGAAACCGUGCAUCUCCAGCCUGAGGAAAAGGCAAGAAAAGCCCAAUCCCAUAAUGGCAGCCAAAGUGCAACCAGAAGAUUGACUUUCUCUGCACCAAGUACCACGUGCUGCUUUCUUUCCUGGAACAGCCGGGUGAUUUCCUCUUCAAACAUUCCUUGCAGAGAAGGAAAGCGGUGGUCACGAAAAGCACAAGGCUGUGUUUUAAAUGUUUUCUUACUGAUUUUCUCAUGGUAAUAUUUUUUUCUCCACUUCUGCUUACAAACACGUCUUGUGAUUGCACUUGGGAAAGCACGAGGUGUCAUGCUAGGUUUAUUUUUGGGCAGAAUCUUUGUGUGUCCUCUGCUGAGCAGUUCACUGUUCUUCUUUAAUGAGCCGCCUUUCGUGGUACAGUUUAUGAAGACCUUUUAAAAACAGCACUUAUUUUGUUUUUACAAAUGUUUUCACUGUAUCACUAUUUGCCCACUGAGUAUCUGUAGCCGUGCUUAGACUUUACCCUCAGCAAAGCUAAUAAAAAUGGUUUUUUUUUUGGUAAAGUGAUGUACCAGUCAAUAUUAGAAAUUGGCUGCUGAGAGCAGUGGAUCGACACAAUGAUUUGCAGUUUCAUUAGCUUAUUAUUCUGCGUGAGACAGAUGGAGUUUCAGUACAAACAAAAGAUAGUCGCUGCAACGGGAUAUCAAGUUGAUGGGAAAUGAAUUAGUUUGCAUGCUAUCCCACAGCUGGUUCUCAACGUGGAACUCUUUUAUCUUUCCAUAUUACAUAUUGAUUCCGUGAUUCUAUGAUACAGUUGUAGCCCAGCCAGCGCAUCUAUGGAUUUUUGUGCUGCUAUGUGAAUGUCUGUAUCUCUGCCUGGGGGUGCUGCUGUGGGGGGAAGAAGCCUUUGCCAGCAGCAGCCUGGCAGCAGCAUGCCCAGCCUGGAGCUGCCUUUGCAGGGAGGAGUGCGCGAUGUUUGCUAAGCCAGACACAAAGCUCAAAUAAAACCUGUUUUU